AUGGAUAGUGGCCAAAAUGAAAGCCGCACUGUCAGUACGCUGUACCUUAGCGAGCGUUUCGCAGGCUUGUUGGCCGAAGGGCGAACAGUGCAGCUCUUUGGGGAGACAAGCUCGCCGCCUUAA